AGAACAAACGAGCGACAAUUCUGGUGCCGUAGCUGCAGCUGUUGUCAUUCCUCUUCUUGUUAUUAUUGUUGCUGUUGUUGCUGGUGUCAUACUGUUUGUGUGGUGGAGGCGUCGCGGAAGCAGUGAGAAAAGCUAUCUUCCUCCGCCUCAACAGCUAUCAGAUAUCAACCCAGCCCCAGUCCACUACUCAAAGGCAUCAGAAAACUCCCGCAAUGAAGAGAAAUUCAGUGAACCGGUCAUUUCCAGAUUUCCCGAGGACAAACAUACUAUGGAGGGAGAGAGAGUUGUGUUUAGGGUCAAAGUGAGUGGAGUACCCCACCCCAAACUGACGUGGUACCACAACGGAGUAGAGGUGGUGGCGGAUUACUCCAGGGAGUUGGGGGAGGACGGGACUCUGUCAAUGCCGUCAUCAGAGAGCAAGCACAGCGGAGUCUACAAGCUCCUGGCCGUCAACAGAGCCGGGAGCAGUGAGAAAGAGGUGAAGCUGUUUGUGAAGAGAGAGGGAGAGCCUUCGCCAUUUGUGGCCAGGAAACAGAUCAGCUUCUCUCCAAUCCCGUGAGCAACUUUGGUCAGUACGUGGCCAGUGGUCAUGCCAACGACAACCGAGUGUUCAGGGACCAGUAUACCGAACUGGAUAGGGAUGCAGACCAUCCAAAGACCAUUGGGACAAGUCAAGAACUGAAGCUCCUCAACAGAUUUGGCAACAUCACCGUCUAUGACAACAACAGGAUUGCCCUGAGGCCAAUUGAAGGCCAGGCAGACUGCCAGAGAGACUUUAUCAACGCCUGCUAUGUGGACGGCUACAAGUUCAGAAACAAAUUCAUUGCCACUCAAGGUCCCCUACCAAAGACAGUGGUUGACUUCUGGAGGCUGGUCUGGCAGGAGAAACCCCCCACCAUUGUCAUGGUGACCAACCUGAAGGAGGGGACCAAGAUCAAGUGUCAGCAGUACUGGCCCGCGAGCGGGACAAGAAACUUUGGACCGUUCCAAGUCACCAUCUCCGAGGAGCAGACUCUGGCUGACUACACCACACGAACUCUGCUGGUACAGCUGAAGGGAAGUUCAGAGCGUGCACUGAAGGUGACCCAGUUCCACUUCACAGCCUGGCCUGACCACGGAGUGCCCGACUAUGCCACACCCAUCCUGGCCUUCCACAAGAAGAUCAGGAAACAGCACAGGCCAUCUAAAGGCCCACUCUUAGUCCACUGCAGUGCUGGAGUGGGUAGGACGGGGACACUCAUCACCAUAGACAGAGUCCUGGAUCAGAUCUCAAAGGAAAAGAUGGUGGAUGUGGCGGGUGUCGUCCAACACCUCAGAGGACAGAGGAUGAAGAUGGUGCAGAACCCAGAACAAUACAUCUUCAUUCACGAUGCUAUUCUUGAGGCAGUCACCUGUGGAGACACUCAGAUUGGAGCCAGUGACCUGCGGAGGAGCAUACAGAUCCUCAGUAGGAGGGACCCUAAAACCAGUAUGACUGGGUUUUGAGAGCCAGUUCAAGGUCCUGGAGCAGGUGUCUCCUCGACCAGACCAGGUGCCCAGGGAAAAGGCUCUGGACAAUCCCACAAAGAACCGCAGCGAAGAUUUCUUGCCCGGUGAUCGCUGGCGAGUGGUUCUGAAAGGAGAGACGGAAGACUAUAUACAUGCUGUGGCUGUGAAUGGCUACAAGCAGCAGAGAGCCUUCAUCAUAGCUCAGAGUCCCAUGCAGUCCACUGCCAGAGAUUUCUGGAAGACGGUCUAUGACAGGAAGUGUGGAGUGGUGGUGAUGCCGUGUGACCUGGUGGAGAGUGGGAAGGAUGUGUGCUACAAGUACUGGCCCAGCUCUGGGGUCCAGCAGGUGGGAGAGUACACUGUUGACAUGCUGGGAGAGGAAAAGUUGGAGGGUUUCACCAUAAGAACCUUCGGAGUCCUCCACAAGAAGACGAACAAGAGUCACCAGGUGCAGCAGAUCCACAUUCAGGGCUGGAGACCAGACGGUCAGUGCUCCAACCUGGGUACCAUCACAGCUGUCAUCGGAGAGGUGACCAAGAUACAGCAGAGGACUGGGAACAACCCCAUACUCGUGCACUGCAGUGAUACAGUGAGCAGGUCUGGGAUGUUCUGUGCCAUAGCCACCACCAUUGAGAGGUGUAAGACAGAGGGAGUGGUGGAUGUGUUCCAGGUGGUCAAGGCUCUCCGUGUACAGAAACCUGGAGCUGUACGCACUGUGGCGCAGUACCACACUCUAUUUGAAACAGUGCUAGUGUAUCUCGAUUCAUUCGACACAUAUGGAAACUUCCAGGAUAUUUGAAUACUCCCUCCGCCUUGCGACAUCCCUACCACAUGUGUAACUCUGUGAACUAUCAUAAUUUCAAUGUGUGAACUUUUACACUAUAACUAGUAUUUUUAUAUUUGCUAUUUUGUUUGAUAAGUGGAUUAGUGGCAGUGUAAAAUCUCAGAGUAUGGAACCAUAUGAAAACAUGUCAAAGUC